GCCAGGCCACGCCCCUCGCCCGCGCACGCGCUCUGUGGGGCUGUUAGCUGUCAGGCGAGGAGCUGCGGGCCAGCGGCUGCAUCCGUCAUCUGCUCCCGGACCCGCGCUCUGAUCCCAGCGCCGCGACGUCCGUGAGGGCAGCGCGGCCCGGCUCCUGGCCAGAGCGCAGAGGCGAACAGGGACCCGUGGGCAGCUGGCCGCGCAGGCAAGAUGGGGAACAGGGAGAUGGAGGAGCUGAUCCCGCUGGUGAACCGUCUGCAGGACGCCUUCUCGGCGCUGGGACAGACCUGCCUGCUGGAGCUGCCACAGAUCGCCGUGGUGGGCGGCCAGAGCGCGGGCAAGAGCUCGGUGCUGGAGAACUUCGUGGGCAGGGACUUUCUUCCUCGAGGGUCAGGCAUUGUGACAAGACGACCUCUUGUGCUGCAGCUUGUUACUUCUAAAGCAGAAUAUGCCGAAUUUCUACAUUGCAAAGGAAAAAAAUUUACAGAUUUUGAUGAAGUUCGCCAUGAGAUUGAAGCGGAAACAGAUAGAGUGACUGGAAUGAACAAAGGCAUUUCUCCUAUACCUAUUAACUUACGAGUUUAUUCCCCUCAUGUGCUAAAUCUAACCCUUAUCGACCUACCUGGAAUAACUAAAGUUCCCGUGGGAGAUCAGCCACCAGAUAUUGAAUAUCAGAUCCGAGAAAUGAUUAUGCAAUUCAUCACAAGGGAGAACUGUCUGAUUUUGGCCGUUACCCCAGCCAACACCGACCUUGCAAACUCAGAUGCACUGAAGCUAGCUAAAGACGUUGAUCCCCAAGGUCUGAGAACGAUUGGAGUGAUCACCAAAUUAGAUCUUAUGGAUGAAGGAACAGAUGCCAGGGAUGUUCUAGAGAAUAAACUGCUGCCUCUUCGCAGGGGUUACGUAGGGGUAGUGAACAGGAGCCAGAAGGACAUAGAUGGGAAGAAGGACAUUAAAGCAGCCAUGCUGGCAGAAAGGAAGUUUUUCCUUUCCCAUCCUGCUUACAGACAUAUUGCUGAUCGUAUGGGCACCCCACACCUGCAGAAGGUCCUCAAUCAGCAACUCACCAACCACAUUCGAGAUACCUUGCCCAACUUCAGGAACAAACUGCAGGGGCAGUUGCUGUCCAUAGAACAUGAAGUAGAAGCUUACAAAAACUUCAAACCAGAAGACCCCACCAGGAAGACCAAAGCCCUCCUGCAGAUGGUUCAGCAAUUUGCUGUGGACUUUGAGAAGAGAAUCGAAGGGUCAGGGGAUCAAGUAGAUACUCUGGAGCUCUCAGGUGGUGCUAAAAUCAAUCGCAUUUUCCACGAACGCUUUCCUUUUGAAAUAGUGAAGAUGGAGUUCAAUGAGAAAGAAUUGCGAAGAGAAAUAAGCUAUGCAAUCAAAAACAUACAUGGUAUCAGGACAGGAUUGUUUACACCAGACAUGGCAUUUGAAGCAAUAGUCAAGAAACAGAUUGUAAAGCUGAAAGGGCCUUCCUUGAAGAGUGUAGAUUUGGUAAUGCAAGAAUUAAUCAACACUGUCAAGAAGUGUACCAAAAAACUGGCGAAUUUUCCCAGACUUUGUGAGGAAACAGAAAGGAUCGUUGCUAACCACAUUCGAGAGCGAGAAGGGAAGACGAAGGACCAGGUACUGCUAUUGAUUGACAUUCAAGUCUCCUAUAUCAACACCAAUCAUGAAGACUUCAUUGGCUUUGCAAAUGCUCAGCAGAGGAGCAGUCAGGUUCACAAGAAAACCACAAUUGGAAAUCAGGGAACCAAUCUUCCGCCUUCAAGGCAAAUUGUCAUUCGUAAGGGAUGGCUGACCAUCAGCAACAUUGGCAUCAUGAAAGGAGGCUCGAAGGGGUACUGGUUCGUCCUCACUGCAGAAAGCUUGUCCUGGUAUAAGGAUGAUGAGGAAAAAGAAAAGAAGUACAUGCUUCCCUUGGACAACCUCAAAGUUCGGGAUGUAGAAAAGAGCUUUAUGUCUAGCAAACACAUAUUUGCCCUCUUUAACACAGAGCAAAGGAAUGUAUACAAAGACUAUCGUUUCCUGGAGCUGGCGUGUGAUUCCCAGGAGGACGUGGACAGCUGGAAAGCAUCUCUGCUAAGAGCCGGGGUCUACCCCGAUAAAUCUCUAGGGAACAACAAAACUGAAAAUGAUGAGAAUGGCCAAACAGAAAAUUUUUCCAUGGAUCCACAACUAGAGAGGCAAGUGGAGACCAUUCGCAACCUCGUGGACUCCUACAUGUCUAUUAUCAACAAAUGCAUCCGAGAUUUAAUUCCUAAAACUAUAAUGCACCUUAUGAUCAAUAAUGUUAAAGACUUCAUAAACUCAGAGCUCCUAGCCCAGUUAUAUUCCUCAGAGGACCAGAAUACUCUGAUGGAGGAAUCUGCUGAGCAGGCUCAGCGCCGAGACGAGAUGCUUCGAAUGUACCAAGCCCUGAAAGAAGCCCUGGUGAUCAUUGGUGACAUCAACACAGCCACUGUGUCCACCCCAGCACCACCUCCAGUGGAUGACUCCUGGAUCCAGCACUCUCGCAGGUCGCCUCCUCCAAGCCCCACGACCCAGAGGAGGCCCACACUCAGUGCUCCCCUCACGAGACCCGCGUCGGGCCGAGGACCAGCUCCCGCCAUCCCCUCUCCAGGCCCCCACUCAGGGGCUCCCCCAGUCCCGUUUCGUCCCGGGCCCUUACCUCCUUUUCCCAAUAGCAGCGACUCCUUCGGAGCCCCUCCGCAGGUCCCGUCUCGGCCCACGAGGGCCCCGCCCAGUGUUCCCAGCCGGAGACCACCCCCAUCACCAACUCGUCCCACUAUAAUUCGUCCACUAGAAUCCUCUCUGUUAGACUAAAGGAAGUGUCUGGCAUGGCAAUUAAUCACUAACGAAUUAUGCGAAAGCAACAUAGUCGAUAACUGUUGCAGUAACUCAUGAGUAGUCGCAUGUGUGGACAUGAGUAGGCAAGUAACUAGUUUGACUAAUGCAUUCGUCACGCAUCUUCAUUGCUCAUGGUAUGUCUAUUUUGGGGGUUUGACUCUUGAAAACUUCUGACGAAGGUAGGUUUGUAGAGCAGCCCUGUACUUUGGGUACCAUUUGCCAAGCCUGGCAUAUAUUUGAAAUUGCUUUAGACAACUUUUCCAAGUUGUCUACCAGGUAGCUCAUUAAAUAUAAUUCUUAACAGAUAUGAGAUACUAAUGAGCUUAGAACUAAGCCAUACAUAUUUCUUUUCCCAUUCUAUUUAAGAUGGCAGAAACUCUUUUGUCUAUUAUUAGUGCUAUCACCUACCUGAUAAUUACAUAUUUAACUACUCGUUCCUUCUUCUUUAUUUCAUAACACUGCUAGGAAGUGAUCUUUUUAAAACUGGAAUUCCAUAAGAAUAAGACUUUUCCAGAAGCACAAGGUAGUUUGCAAAGGAAAAGUCUCUAUUGUUUGCUCUAGAGAGCCGCCCCUCGUGCCAAUAUGCUUUGCUUCGUGCCACAAGCGGAGGCUAAGAUGAAAUCACAGCUUAUUUGAGGCAAUAAGCCAAUAGAUUCAAUUAGUUUUAGAGUUCAAGGAAGAAGCAAAACAUUCCAUCUCUAAAAGUGUCUGCAGAAGUGUAAAACCUUUACUUCCUUAUCUAGUCCCCUCCUGGUAAGUGAUGUUGAAGACCAAUCUGGAAAAUGUUAAUUUUUCCAGCUAAUCUAAUUUUUGUUGUGACUAACUGUACCUUGGUACUAACUCCAAUUUAUUAUUGUGAUUUAUUAUUUUGGUUGGAGCAAAAAGAAUUCUUUCCAUUCUGACUUGCGAUUCCCUUAUAUAUUUGCAUAUAAAUAAUUAUGUAAGAACUCUUUAAAAAGAGGUAGUGUGAGUAUCCAUUCUAAGUUCUCCCCCCACCUUAAUACUGGAGAAUGAGGGCUGGGGAUUUAGCUCAGUGGCAAAGCCCCUGCCUGGCAAGCGCAAGGUCAAAAAUUCGGUCCCCGGUACCGGAGAAAAACAAAACAAAACAAAAAUACUGGAGAAUGAAUCUAGCAUUUUGCAAAUGCCAGACAAGUGAUCUACCACAGAGCAACAUCCCCAGAUCAACAUUUAAGCUUUCUAAAGAAAUCUUGAGGCUUACUGUGAAAUAAUCAUGUUGAAAGAACAGUACCUGGGCUAGGAAGAAACGUGAAAGAUGCUGUGGUCGAAGGCAGCCCUCUCACUUUUACAGAGUCCCUACCUAGCUCACUCCAGAAAAUUAUAUUGAAACAUUGAGAUCCAAAGUAAACUUGAAGCUUCUAAAAUUUACAAAAGCAGUUUAGUUUGGAACUUAUGGUUCAGUCUUGAGGCUAGGUUUUAAACUACUGAGGACCAGAUGAUUAACGUGUAGGAAACAGUCAGAAGCCAAUUGGAAUUUUGUCUGCUAACUGUUCCCAGACAGCAGAGCAAGUAUUCACUGAAUCAUGGGGUCCCAUGACAUUAUUUCAUAUUCUACAGAAGUAAAUCAGAUUUUACUAACUGAAAUGUCUCCCUUUGAAAGCAACAAACAUGAUUUGUAUGUUAACUUAACUUUAAUUUCCUGUGUAGUUUAUACUCAAGGCAGAUACUCGUAAAGGAUGAAAUAAAAACUUUUAACCCUUAUGAAAAAGAGAACUUGCCACGUGGAAUGACAUUGUAUUGAACAUAUUGUAAAGGGUUGUAGCUAGCCCAGUUAUGAUUGGAAAAAAUGGAGAAUACAGAUUUACAAAAAAAGAAAUAAAUUUUCAACUUUACAAGUGAUUACAGAAAGAACAUUCCUACCCUAAUGUCCUCUUGUAUCUUAUUUUUUCUCGUUGAAAAAAAUUAACUCUUUGCAAGUGGAAUCAACGUGCAAGAUAUAAAGUACCCUUUAACAAUAAAUAGAUGGAAAAGCUUACAUAUACACACAGCAAAGCAAUCUGCAGUGAGUCUUUUCAUAAAACUCCCUCUUUUUAGGAUUCCCUUUGCUUCUUCCUUUGAAUUCUUUAAAAUAGGCAGCUAACAGAUUAUAUACUCCAGGGUUUGGCUUUGUGCUAAAUGUGGUUUUGCAUUUUGCUGUAUUUCAAAAAUUUCCUUCUGUUAGAAGAAAAUAUUGUGGACAACCACUGGUGUGUUCUCAGAUCAGCACAAACCAUGUCAAAGAAAACUGGAGAUAUUUUUUUCCAAGUUUCUUUCCACUGAUCUUAGGCAGUCAUAAACAAUGGCAUUUGUCAUCAUUGGCUUUUGUUUUUAGAUUAUAGUCCCACAGAUGCACUGUUCCAAUUGUCUCCUUUUGUUGGUUCAUUUUUAUUUUGUUUUACUCCUAAGUUAUGUCUAAUAGAACCCAGUCUCCCCAAAAUUUCAGCGGUCACAUUUGAGAAUAUUUUCAGUUUGCUGUAGUACUGUCAUAAGGUUUUGCAUCCUGUUAAAAGGAGAUGCCAGUGUGAAUGAAGUCUGAAGCUCUUGAAUGUAUAUGUAUAGUUUGAGGUUCAGCAUGUGCAUCAGGCCUUAGGAUGGGACUGUAGCUUAAAGAGCUUCCUGUUUCCAUUCCAUUUCUAAUUUUCUGAUGUUGUCAACACAAUAGAUGUAGCUCCCAUCUUGUCCAGCACACUGAAAAAAGAUAUUUUUAGGACUGGAAAAAUGAAACUGUAUGUUUAUUUGAUAGGUAAAUCUAAUUUUAUUGUCACACGCUAAAUCUUGCAUGCUCAUGGACUAAUUGGAAUAACCAUUUACUCAGUUGCGGACAGAUUAGAGAAAUAGUUGAUUUAGAACAGGCAUAUUGCAUUUCCUGAAUUCACCUGCCAAGAAUAUCCUUCAGAGUAUUGCUUUUAGGUGUGUUUUAUAACAUAGAAGAACAAUAGGGUCUGUGUAUUAGCAAAUUUGCUAUAUGUUCAGACACAAACUCAUCCCCAAAUGCAAUGAAACCAGUUUCUGCAAUAUAACUAUAAACCUUCUGAAUUUAGGAUAAAAGGUAGCCACAUAGAUUAAUUUUGUGACUUUUAAGUGUAGACUGUAGCCAUAAUUCUCAAAUAUGAAAUGGGACCUAAUACCAGUAUGUGAUAAAUGUUGAUGUUUUCUGUGUACAAACACAUUUUCUAUGCAUGUGUCUCUGUGUAUACAGUAUAUACAUAGUAAAUUUGUUCCUAUAAGUACAUGUAUUUUGUUUCUCUUUAAGUAAGUUUAGAAGCAAUUGUUAAAAUGCCACAAGCAUGAGUGUGAUUGAAUGUGAAUUGUGUAUAUAUAUAUAUGUAUAUGUAUGGGUGUAAAUAUCUAUGUAAACAUGUGCUUAGUAUGUGUGACUAUAAAUAUAUUUUUAAACUGUUAAUCCAAGAGAUAUCUUUGGAGGAUCUGGCAUAACACAUAAUAACAGUGGUUCACUUUUCAUAACAUACAUGAAACACAAAAUUUCCUAAUUUUGGAUUAUAUUCAUUCUGAGAGGCACAAAGUUUAUAAUAACCAUGACACCAAGGUAACAUCGACAGGCAUUAGUAUCUAAAUCCACAGCACUUCUACCUUUGACAAUAUAGGUUGAGAACUUUAAGAUCUUGAAACCUUUCUUUAAGAUCUCCAGGUAGAAUUAUGAGUUAUUAUUAGAUUAAUAAACUGAAUGUUCAAAAGUUAAACUGAUCUAUGUAAUCAUUUUUUGUUUAUAUGAAAUAUAAAAAAAUAGAGGUAGUCAGCCACAUAAUAAAAGUAAUGGAUUUUUCUGAGUAAAAUUGCUUUUUAAAUGGAGAGGAGAAGUUACUUAAUUCCUUGGAGGUGGAUUAUCAACUUUUUCAAAUAAACAUUUCCCAUUUGGCAAAUGGUCUAAUUUUUGAAAUUGACAGCAAUCCUUUUAGAAUUAAGAAUAAAGCUUCACCAUAGGUCUCUGAACGGUUGAAGUCCAUGUAAAAAAGAUCACCACUGAGACUCAGACCCUGAGUUUUAUACCAUUUCACCUAGAGGACAGCUCUCUGAGAGCUCAGAGUUUAAUGUGAAAGAAAGUACCUGAUUUUGGAGAAACUGGAUAUCUCACCAGAUAGACUACUCAGUCCUUUCGAAAGAGCUCUAAUGUGUCUUCUAGAUGAUCCUAGUCAUUCUGUCUAGUUGGUAUGUUUAAAUUUGUGUGGUGCUCUGUAUGUGAAAUUUUAAGAAUAUUUUUGAAAUAUAUGUAGUGUAUGCUUCACCAUUUGUGUGUGUAUAUAUAUAAACACAUAUAUGUAUGUGAGACAGCAAGAGGGAAAACGCAAGGAAGAUUCUCCUGUUUUAGGCUGUUCAUCCUAGUAUACCGGUGAGACUUUCUCACCUCUCUGGUGGAGGGUUUCACAUGUGGCUCAGCGUUAAUUUCUUUUUAAUCUUAUCCUUCAAUUCUUUAAACUUUGCUUGCGAUGUAAUUUUUAAAUUAUGACAAAAAUUUCUCUGCCCUCUUCCACUGACCUCUGUAAAAGUCAUUUCUCCCCACUAGAGAUCUUACCACUAUCAAUUUGAUCUGUGUUUUAUUUCAUAUGGACAGCCUUUGUUUUGCUACAUGUCUGUGUUCCUAUUUGCUCCCUUUUCUGAAUCAAAUUCUUCUUUCACUUUUUUAAUGAAGUCGUGUACAAAAGUGAAAUCUUCUGUUCUCUGUUGAUUCCUUAAUUUAAAUGAGCCAGAAUAUUUUCCACUGUCUUCUGGGCACUUUCAGGAUUUCUUACUGUGGCUGUGUGGACUCUGUGAAUGGAGUUUUUGAAGCAAAUUCCUAAAGCCUGUAUCAUUCUUGAAGGUCAUAUGUACCUAUUGUGAAAAUGUGAAGCUGUAUUUCUGAACCUCAAAUAAAUUAUAACAUUUGAAGGACCCUCCCUUUCCUUAUUCUCA